UGCAGACAGGGGCUCCCACUACGAGCACGCGCGAGGGGCACGGCCGGGCGCUCCCCGCGCCCAUCGCGGGCUCGAAAUGCGGCCCUGCGCCUUUAAACCCGGAGUGCGUCACGAGCCCCGCCCCGGAGCAACGCGCGCGGCGCGGGGGCGUGGGCGCCCCGCCAUUGGCCGGGCCGCGCCGUGUUUUGGAACGUGUGUGCGGGAGCGAGCGCUCCGAUUGGAGCGAGGGCCUGCCUGUCUGCGUGCCUGGGGGCGGGCGGCCGCCGGGCCUCGGCGUUCUGUUCCCGGGUCCUCCGCGUUCCCCUUCCAGGAGGGUCCAGCCGCGAGUCCCGCGGGAGCAGAGCGCCCCGCGCCGGUGCGUGCCGCCGGGACGGAGACAGGUGUCAGGCUUAGUCACGCAGUGCCUCAGGCCGCAGCCACUCCAGGCAUCUUGUCCCUUGGCAGCGGGGAGGGCAGAAGCCCUUGGCGCCCCGGCGGGCGGUGACCUUGUAGUCGGUGGACGGGCCCCGGGGGAUUCCCCUCCACGCUCCGAGCGCCUGGCCCCGCCGGCCCACACUGAGGGACUGCGCCCUUCUGAGUGUUCCUCGCUGCUCCCAAGGCGCUUUUACAGGCAGACCAUGGCCGAGUUCUCCCAGAAGCGGGGAAAGCAGCGCAGUGAGGAAGGCCUGGGCAGCGCGGUGGACUUCCUCUUGGCCAACGCCCGUCUGGUGCUGGGCGUGGGUGGGGCUGCUGUGCUGGGCAUUGCCACCCUGGCUGUGAAGCGGCUUAUUGACAGGGCCACUAGCUCUCAGGAUGAGGAUGACACCAAGGGAGACAGCUGGAAGGAACUGAGUCUGCUCAAGGCCACUCCACAGCAGCAGCCCCGGCCCCCACCCGCUGCCCUCAGUCAGCCUGUAUCGCGCCUGGACCCCUCACCCUCCGGUCCAGAGGGACCUACAAACACGGAUCCGCAGACGCUACCUCAGCUCAUCUCCCCAGCGCCGCUGUGUCUGACGUUCCAGGAGAAGCUGCUGGCAUUCGAGCGGGACCACGUGGUUAUCCCAGCGGCUAACGUAGCUUUGGCCAAACAGCUGGCUGGUGACAUUGCCCUGGAGCUGCAGGCCUACUUGAGGAACAAAUUCCCAGAACUGCCCUUUGGGGCGCUCGUGCCUGGAGGGCCCCUCUACGAGGGCCUGCAGGCUGGGACCACAGAGCAUGUGCGCCUCCUGGCACCGCUGGUGCUAGAGCCGGGGCUGUGGAGUCUGGUGCCUGGAGUGGACACUGUGGCCCAGGACCCUCGUUGCUGGGCCGUGCGCAGGACUCAGCUUGAGUUCCACCCACGUGGGAGCAGCCCUUGGGACCGCUUCCUGGUUGGGGGCUACCUCUCCCCUCGAGUGCUGCUGGAGCUGCUCCGCAAAGCCCUGGGCGCCUCAGUCAAUUGGCCGGCCAUCGGCGGCCUGCUCGGGUGCCUGAUCAGGCCCAGCAUGGCCUCGGAGGAGCUGCUGCUGGAGGUGCAGCACGAGCGCCUGGAACUCACCAUGAUCCUGCUCGUGGCGGUCACUGGGGCCAACAAGGACAACCGUCUCCUUCUGGCCUGGCCCCUGGAGGGGCUGGCGGGGAACCUGUGGCUUCAGGAUUUGUAUCCGCUGGAGGCUGCCAGGCUGCAGGUCCUCGAUGACCAUGAUGCUGGCACUCGCCGGAGGCUGCUGCUGCUGCUGUGCGGUGUCUGCCAUCGCCACCCAGCUCUAGGGCGCCUGGGCCGAGGCCACCUGACUCAGGUGGUGCUGCAUCUGGGGGAGGAGGAAGUGGACUGGACCGAAGAGGCCUUGGGCGAGCGCUUUCUGCAGGCCCUGGAGUUGCUCAUUGGCAGCUUGGAGCAGGCCAGCCUGCCCUGCCACUUUGACUCCAAUGUGAACCUCCUCGGGGGCUUGCGGGAGGAAGAGGUUGAUGACGUAGGUUAUGCGCUGUACAGUGGUCUCCAGGCACCCGAGGGGCUGCUCUAGAUAGGUGGAAACCGGGUGGCCAGCAUGGUUCUGAUGCCAAGGGGAGUCCCCCCCGACGCCCCAGGGAAUUGCAGAGUGGGUAUUUGCUUGCGUGUAGCCAGAACAAAGGCGUGUACCUUGCCUCAGUCCAUGGCGAGGGGCCUGUGUGGGCUGUAGCCUCGCGGAUCCCUGAUCUUGGAGAGCUCGGGCUGCUGUCACCUAAGUGCGGCUGGUCUGCCCUCUGCAGCUUGAAGCACCAGCUCCUCAGUGUGGGGCCCCUUUAGCCCUCUGGGGCCAACCCAGGAUUUGGGCUCGGUUCAUCAUCACCAGCAAUGAGUCCACUGAGAACAUGGCUUCUGCCACCCCAGGCCAGGUAAAGUCCGCUCCAUUUUUUUGCCAAGAGGGAAAUUUACUGCUUGCUUGGGGUGCCAGCUCAAGGCACCCUGGAGGCGCAGAGUGCCUGAUCGUUUAAAUACGCCUUUGUUCCAUCCUUGGGGGCUCGUGUCACCUUAGAUCUGGAAGGGCAGCAUUUUGCUAUUGAAGGUUGAUGUCCUGAGGUUGUCUGUGUGUUUGAUCUGUGUUCGAAUUCUGCAGCUCUGGAGCAGAAGCUCCAUUUGAACUGCUGCCCACCUUACACCUCAGGGAAGGCCCCUUUCCUCCAGCGGGGUGAGUUUCCUCUUCAGGCUGCAGGGACCCUGGGGAGAGCCCUUUGCUCAGGGCUGCUUGCUGCUCUGGUGCCCUGAAGAGUGGAGUGUGUGUCCCACCUGGUCCCUAGAGGCUUAGGGUGUGGGGUUGGCCUCCUGCCUCUGCAAGUGCCAGAUGAACUGUUCAGCGAGUGUCCUUCCUCCUGCUCUGUAGCUGCCCGAGGUAGGUGCGGCUGGAGGAGGGCAGUCUCCUUCCUUUGCAGGGGCACCGCCCAUCCCGGUACCCCUUCUGCUGAAACAAAGCUAUGCCUUGAACGUGAACAAAAAUAAAAGGAAAAACUUCGCUCACA